AUGGGCUCAAAAGCUGAUGAGGUCUCGACCAUCCGGAUGAUGGUUCUGGAGACAGAUGAGCCGCAUCCUGACACUGUAGCAGAGCGAGGGACGUUUGCCCAGAUUGUACAUGACCACUUCUCAAAAGCUGGAAGAGAACACGAUCCGCCUUUGGGCAUUGAGACCGUCAACAGAUUCGUGGUAACUGAAAGAGGAGGCAAGGUACCAACAUUCGAAGAGUUUGAGGGCGUUCAUAGUGUACUGAUCACUGGGAGCGUUUUUGAUGCUCACGGUGAUAAUGAUUGGAUACUCGACCUGCUGAAACUGCUGCGAGCGUUGUACACGCAGCGCCCUGAUUGCAAGUUGAGUGGUAUCUGUUUCGGCCACCAACUGCUCUGCCGACUUUUGGGCUCUGAGAUCAAGCCGGAACCUUCUGGCCUUUGGGAAUUAGCUCAUAGCCCAAUUGACCUCACGCCCAUCGGCAAACAGCUGUUCUCCACGGACCAAGAUAGGAUAUACCUCCAUCAGAUGCAUCAGGACCAAGUCGUCUCUCCACCAUCGUCCGAAACAUCUGGCGGUCUUAUGCCACCUGGCACAAAAGUCCAUGUCUGGGGUUCCAGCGACCAUACGCCCAUUCAGGGUGUGUUCAUCGCAGAUCGGAUCUUUACAACGCAGGCACACCUAGGAUUUGACGAAGCCAUGGUACAUCGUCAGAUUCAGAUGAGGGUGGAAAGCGGUAGCAUCCAAGACAUGGAUCAUGCCGACCGGGCAAAGGAGACGGCGCACCUUGAGCAUGAUGGCACUGCGGUCGCUGCGGCAAUCCUAAGAUUCUUCCACAAUGAGGACCAAUUCAUUGUCUAA